ACCAUGCCGUCUACAAUUUACGAACUACGAGUUGCAGUUUAAAUUUCCAAUUUCUGAUUAGAUAGUAACAAGAUAAUUAUUCAAUAUAAUAAAGUAAACCUGAAAUAAGAUGAAUUCUUUAUUAAGAAGUGUUGUAAGGCCUUUAUGUCGUACUUUUUCCAUUUCAUCAGUUAAACAGUGCGCUCAGCCUCCGAAGCGACCAAAGAAACAGUAUUUUACUCCUGUAACAUGGAAAUCAAUGGGAGUUACUGCAGCUGUAGCGGGAAGUCUUACAGCCUUUAUGUUAUAUGUACGAAAAGAAAAGCAAGAAGCUUUAGAUCGUGAAAGAAAGCGUCAGUUAGGGAAGGCAAAAAUAGGUGGUACAUUCGAACUGGUUGAUUCAGAGGGUAAAACAGUGAAGAGUUCAGAUUUCUUAGGGAAAUGGUUAUUGAUAUACUUUGGAUUCACACACUGCCCUGAUAUAUGUCCUGAUGAAUUGGAGAAACUUGCCGAGGUUGUUGAUAUGCAUGAUAAAAACGCAUCAGCACCUCCAUUGCAGCCUCUGUUCAUAUCUGUAGAUCCUCAAAGAGAUUCCCCUGAGAUUGUUGGGAAGUACUGCAAAGAGUUCACACCCAGGUUGUUAGGUUUAACAGGAACCAAAGACCAAGUGGCACAAGCUUGCCGAUCAUAUCGUGUAUACUUCAGUGCAGGCCCCAGUGACGAUGAUGAUGAUUAUAUUGUGGACCACACAAUCAUCAUAUACUUAGUAAACCCUGAUGGUGAAUUUGUUGAUUACUACGGUCAAAACAGAAAUGCUAAAGAGAUCCACGAUUCAAUGCUUGUAAAUAUUCAGAAGUUUGAAGCUGCUAAAAAUAAGUCAUGGUUUUAAUAGGCGCAUAUAAUACUUACUACGCAUUUAAGCAAAACAAUUGUUAGAAGUAGUUCUAUAUUUUUUGUUAAAAUUACAAUAAUUUAUUUUAAAA